UAUACCGACACUGUUCGCCUCUUGAUAUUCGCUGAUUUGUUCAGAUUAGCAAUAGAAUUAAUUUAUUUUAUUCCAUAUAUUGGACGUAUAGAUGCUUCAACUUCUUUACAAAUUGGUUGGUCUCUUGUUGGAUUUUUUCUAGCAAUUAUUCCAAUUUUUGGAGGAAAACGGGGUGAAAAACAUUACAAGUACCUUUGGCCUUUGUUGUCUUUGAAGAUUAUGGAAUGUUCUGUUUGUGUUCUUCUCUUAGUCUUCACUUUUAUUCUUGGAGUUACUGGCCCUCUUGGAUAUGCAUUGCUUAGGCUUGUAAUCCAAUGGAAAUACAGGAGGAUAGAAGGUGGGGAAGGAUAAAGGGUCUAAUGGUUUACUACCAUUCGAUAGCUCUGGAUGUUUCGAUUAUUUUUCCCAAAAGGACUGAUAAGAUCCGAUCACUCCCAGGAAAGUUAUGAGCUGAUAAGUGCGGAAAAUCGUGAUUUUCGCUCUUUAUUGGACCAUAACUUCUUUGAACUUCAAUAUUUUUAAAUGAUUUAAAUAUCAAUCGAUAGACCUGAAUUUACUGAUUAUAUUUCCCAGUGGAAAUGAUAGGAUCCAGUCAGUCCAUAAAAAGUUAUAAGCUGGUAAGUGCGGAAAACCGUGAUUUCCGCCCAUUGUUUACCCAUAACUUUGUACAACAUCCAUCUAUUUCAGCGAUUUAUGUAUCAAUCGAAAGCUCUGGGUCUACUGAUUAUUUUUCUCAGCGGGACUGAUAAGCUCUAAUCGCUCCUUAAUAAGAUAUGAGCUGAUAAAUGUGUCGUGAUUUCCUAGUAACUGAGGACACUCAUAUGAGAUCCCGUAUUCCCGUAAGUCUUAAUUCUAAUUUACUCCAUUUAAUCAGAUGAUCAUUCAAUAAUAACAUUCUCCUUAACAACAUUUUUGUUUAUUUCUAUAUUGUUGGUAUUUAAUUGUUAUGUGCUUCACAAAUAUUGGUGUCUACGGAAUUUUCUGCGUUCAAAAACACUAUAUAUUUAUUUGAGGCAAAGAAAUGAAGUAAUUAGAGUAAUUAGACCUUCCUUCUCUUUGUU